AUGCCUAAGCUUGGAUACCUCCAAGCUAUCUGCAAAGAAGCAUUUUGGAAGCACCUUUCUGCACCGCUAAAUCUUCCUCGAAUUGCAUCUCAGGCAUGUGAAGUAAAUGGGUGCUACAUACCCAAGAACACUAGACUUAGCGUGAAUAUUCGGGCAAUUGGAAGAGAUCCUGAUGUGUGGGAAAAUGCACUAGAUUUCCACCCUGAUAGGUUUCUCAGCGGAAAACAUGCAAAACUUGACCCCCCAGUAAAUGAUUUCGAGUUGUUUCACUCCAUUUGGGGCCUGGAGGAGAAUUUGUGCUGGAGCCAGAAAGGGGGUAGUGCUAGUAUGGAAUACGUACUAGGGACGUUGGUGCACUCAUUCGAUUGGAAACUGCCUGCUGAAGUGAUUGAGUUGAACAUGGAGGAAAGUUUUGGUUUGGCUGUGCCUCUUAAAGCCAAGGUAGGAAUAGACAGGCUUAAGAGAUUUAACCACCCAAGAUCUCUCUUCUUCGAGAAGCGAAUGGCCCAAUCAAGAAUAGUUUGUGUUGCAGCCUCACUUUGA